AUGGCCAAGCCCACAAGCAAAGAUUCGGGCUUGAAGGAGAAGUUCAAGAUUCUGCUGGGGCUGGGAACGUCACGGCCACACGCCAGAUCCGCAGAGGGCAAACAAACGGAGUUCAUCGUCACCGCGGAAAUUCUGAGAGAACUAAGUGUUGAGUGUGGUCUGAACAACAGGAUCCGGGUCAUAGGGCAGAUUUGUGAAGUAGCAAAAACAAAGAAAUUUGAGGAGUAUGCUGUGGAAGCGCUCUGGAAUGCCGUUGCAGACCUGCUGCAGCCUGAUCGCCCGCCGGAGGCCCGCCAUGCAGUACUGGCCCUGCUGAAGGCCAUCGUGCAGGGCCAGGGGGAUCGCCUUGGUGUGCUGCGUGCCCUGUUCUUCAAAGUCAUCAAGGAUUACCCCUCCAAGGAAGACCUGCACGAGAGGCUGGAAGUGUUCAAAGCUCUCACCGACAACGGGAGACACAUAACCUACUUGGAAGAAGAGCUAGCUGACUUCGUCCUGCAGUGGAUGAACAUUGGCCUGUCCUCGGAGUUCUUGCUCGUCCUUGUGAACCUUGUCAAGUUCAACAGCUGUUACCUUGAUGAAUACAUCGCGUCCAUGGUUCAGAUGAUCUGUCUGCUGUGCAUCCAGACUGUGUCCUCUGUUGACAUCGAGGUGUCCUUGCAGGUGCUGGAUGCGGUAGUCUGCUACAACUGUCUGCCCGCCGAGAGCCUGCCCCUCUUCAUCGUCACGCUGUGCCGGACCAUCAACGUCAAGGAGCUCUGUGAGCCCUGCUGGAAGCUGAUGCGUAAUCUCCUUGGGACCCAUCUGGGCCACAGUGCCAUCUACAACAUGUGCCGCAUCAUGGAGGACAGGGCCUACAUGGAGGAUGUCCCUCUGUUGAGAGGAGCUGUGUUCUUUGUUGGCAUGGCGCUCUGGGGGGCCCACCGCCUCUACUCACUCAAGAACUCCCCAACAUCUGUGCUGCCAUCGUUUUAUAAGGCCAUGACCUGCCCUAACGAGGUGGUGUCCUAUGAGAUCGUCCUCUCCAUCACCCGGCUUAUCAAGAAAUACAGAAAGGAGCUGCAGGCGGUGACCUGGGACAUUCUAUUGAGCAUUAUUGAGCGUCUGCUCCAGCAGCUGCAGAGCCUUGAAAGCCCAGAGCUCCGAACUGUCGUGCACGACUUGUUGACAACAGUGGAGGAACUGUGUGACCAGAACGAGUUCCAUGGCUCCCAAGAAAGAUACUUUGAGCUCAUUGAACGAUGUGCCAACCAGAGACCGGAGUCCUCCCUCUUGAACCUCAUCACCUACAGGGCGCAGUCCAUCCACCCGGCCAAGGACGGCUGGAUCCACAACCUGCAGCAGCUCAUGGAGCGCUUCUUCAGGAGCGAGUCCCGCAGUGCCGUGCGGAUCAAAGUGCUGGAUGUCUUGUCCUUCGUGCUGCUCAUCAACAGGCAGUUCUACGAGGAGGAACUCAUCAACUCAGUGGUCAUCUCCCAGCUCUCCCACAUCCCGGAGGACAAGGAUCCGCAGGUCCGCAAGUUGGCCACCCAGUUGCUGGUAGACCUGGCGGAAGGCUGUCACACCCACCACUUCAACAGCCUGCUGGACAUCAUCGAGAAAGUGAUUGCUCGCUCACUGACCCCACCCCCCGAGCUGGAAGAAAGGGACAUACCUGCUUACUCGGCCUCCUUGGAAGACGUGAAGACCGCUGUCCUGGGGCUCCUGGUCAUCCUGCAGACUAAGCUCUAUGCCUUGCCUGCCAGCCACGCUGCACGCGUGUAUGAGACCCUCGUCCGCCACCUCCAGCUGCACUACAAGCACUCCUACACCCUGCCCAUCGCCAGCAGCAUACGGCUCCAGGCCUUUGACUUCCUGCUGCUGCUCCGAGCUGACUCCCUCCACCGCCUGGGCCUGCCCAACAAGGAUGGUGCUGUGCGCUUCAGCCCCUACUGCCUCUGCGACCAUGUGGAGCCUGAUCGCAGCUCUGACAAGAAGGCCAAUGGCCCGCUCUCGCCUCCCACCGGGCCUCCGGGCCCAGUGCCCACAGGUGCCACCAUGAGGCUUGGCUACCUGCCCUAUUCCUUGCUCUUCCGUGUCCUGUUGCAGUGUCUGAAGCAGGAGAUGGACUGGAAAGUUCUGAAGCUGGUCCUCAGCAAGCUGCCGGAGUCCCUGCGCUACAAAGUCCUCAUCUUCACAUCCCCCUGCAGCGUUGACCAGCUGUCCUCUGCGCUCUGCUCCAUGCUUUCAGGUCCCAAGACCCUGGAACGGCUCCGAGGCACCCCAGAAGGCUUCUCCAGGACUGACUUGCACUUGGCGGUUGUUCCGGUCUUAACAGCGCUAAUCUCCUACCACAACUACCUGGACAAAACUAAACAGCGGGAGAUGGUGUACUGCCUGGAGCAAGGCCUCAUCUACCGCUGUGCCAGCCAGUGUGUGGUGGCUUUGACCGUCUGCAGUGUGGAGAUGCCUGAUGUCAUCAUCAAGGCACUGCCCGUGCUCAUCGUGAAGCUGACCCACAUCUCCGCCACAGCCAGCAUGGCCAUCCCACUGCUCGAGUUCCUGUCCACUCUGGCCCGGCUGCCACAUCUCUACAGGAACUUUGCUGCUGAGCAGUAUGCAAGCGUAUUUGCCAUCUCACUGCCCUACACCAACCCGUCCAAGUUCAACCAGUACAUCGUGUGCCUGGCCCACCAUGUGAUAGCCAUGUGGUUCAUCCGCUGCCGCCUCCCCUUCCGGAAAGACUUUGUUCCUUACAUCACUAAGGGCCUUCGCUCCAAUGUCCUCCUGUCUUUUGAUGACACCCCUGAAAAGGACAGCUUCAGAGCACGCAGCACCAGUCUCAACGAGAGACCCAAAAGUUUAAGGCUAGCCAGGCCCCCCAGACAAGGCUCAAGCCACUCCCCGCCCGUGAACGAGCGCAAGAGCUGUGCAGCCGAGGCCUUCCGGUGCCGCAGCAUCAGUGUGUCUGAACAGGUGGUCCGCAGCAGGAUCCAGACUUCCCUCACCAGCGCCAGCCUGGGCUCUGCAGACGAGAACUCCAUGGCCCAGGCGGAUGACAACCUGAAGAACCUCCACCUGGAGCUGACGGAGACUUGCCUGGACAUGAUGGCCAGAUACGUUUUCUCCAACUUCACUGCCGUCCCAAAGAGGUCCCCUGUCGGAGAGUUCCUCCUGGCUGGAGGCAGGACUAAAACCUGGUUGGUGGGGAAUAAGCUGGUCACUGUGACAACAAGUGUGGGAACUGGCACGCGGUCACUCCUGGGCCUGGAUGAGCUGCAGGGUGGCACAGAGACGAGCUCUGACCCCAGUGUGCAUGUGAGACAGACCAAGGAGGCACCGGCCAAGUUGGAGUCCCAGGCUGAGGCACAGGUGUGCCGAGGGGCCCGGGACCGGGUCCGCUCCAUGUCAGGGGGCCAUGGCCUACGUGUGGGAGCCCUGGAGACACCAGCCUGCCCCUUCCCAGGAGGCCUCACUUCCCCAGGGCCACAGACCAUGCCUGCCACAAAGCCCAAGAAACCUGGCACCCCGAUCACAGUGCCAAAGGAGACCAACCUGGCUGCCUACGUGCCCUUGCUGACACAGGGCUGGGCAGAGAUCCUGGUGCGGCGGCCCACAGGGAAUACCAGCUGGCUGAUGAGCCUGGAGAAUCCACUGAGCCCCUUCUCCUCGGACAUCAACAACAUGCCGCUGCAGGAGCUGUCUAAUGCCCUCAUGGCUGCAGAGCGCUUCAAGGAGCACCGUGACACUGCCUUGUACAAGUCCCUGUCGGUGCCGGCGGCUGGCACCACCAAGCCCUCCUUGCUGCCCCGUUCCAACACAGUGGCCUCUCUCUCCUCCCUGAGCCCGUCCAGCUGCCGAGGGAAGCUGCACAGGAGCAUUUCCUGGGCAGAUUCCCCGGUGGUGCUGGAUGGGGCACAUGCCAACGAGAAGAGUGUAUCCACCGAACCCCCUGAGUUGGAGGACUUUGUGGCAACUCCAAUCCCAGAUAGGUGCUGCCGGCAUGCCAGGGCUUACAGCAGGUCAUCCUCCACCUCCAGCCAGGAGGAGAAGCCACAGUGUGCAGAGGUCACCCAGGGCAUCCCCAUUGAGCGGGCCGUGUCCUCUGAGGGCAGCCAGCCUUGCGUGGACCUCUCCUUCCAGCCCUCCCAGCCCCUAAGCAAGUCCAGCUCCUCACCUGAGCUUCAAACCCUGCAAGACAUCCUUGGAGAUGCUGGGGACAAAGCAGACGGGGUCCGGCUGAGCCCCGAGGUCAAGGUCCGCUCUCAGUCGGGGACCCUAGAUGGAGAGAGCAAUACUGCCUGGCCAGCCCCUGGUGAGGACAGCCGGGCCCGAGGGGCAGCCCCACAGGAGGGCCCACUGCCCUCAGGCUCCCCACGUUCCCCAAGUGGCCUGCGGCCCCGAGGCUACACCAUUUCAGACUCAGCCCCCUCCCGGCGGGGAAGGAGAGUGGAGCGAGAUGCCUUCCGCAGCCGGGCAGCUGCUUCCAAUGCGGAGAAGGUGCCGGGCAUCAACCCCAGCUUCGUGUUCCUGCAGCUCUACCACUCUCCCUUCUUUGGUGAUGAGUCCAGCAAGCCCAUCUUGCUCCCCAAUGAGGUGAGCCCUUCUUUUGAGCGGUCAGUGCAGCUCCUGGACCAAAUUCCGUCUUACGACACACACAAGAUCGCUGUCCUGUACGUAGGAGAAGGUCAGAGCAACAGCGAGCUGGCCAUCCUGUCCAAUGAGCAUGGCUCAUACCGUUACACGGAGUUCCUGACGGGGCUGGGCAAGCUCAUUGAGCUCAAGGACUGCCAGCCCGACAAGGUGUACCUGGGGGGUCUGGAUGUGGGUGGCGCAGACGGUCAGUUCACCUACUGCUGGCAUGAUGACAUCAUGCAAGCCAUCUUCCACAUUGCCACCCUGAUGCCCACCAAGGACGGAGAUAGGCUCCGCUGUGACAAGAAGCGCCACCUGGGCAAUGACUUUGUGUCCAUCGUGUAUAACGACUCUGGAGAGCACUUCAAACUGGGGACCAUCAAGGGCCAGUUUAAUUUCGUCCAUGUGAUCAUCACACCCCUGGACUACGAGUGCAACCUGGUCUCGCUGCAGUGUAGGAAAGACAUGGAAGGCCUAGUGGACACCAGCGUGGCCAAGAUCGUAUCCGACUGCAACCUGCCCUUUGUGGCCCGCCAGAUGGCUCUGCACGCCAACAUGGCAUCCCAGGUCCACCACAGCCGCUCCAACCCCACUGACAUCUACCCCUCCAAGUGGAUCGCCCGGCUCCGGCACAUCAAAAGGCUCCGACACCGGAUCCGGGAGGAUGCCCACUAUGUGAACCCCAGCCUGCCACUGGUACAGGUGUGUCCCCCGGUCCACACCAAGGUGCCAGCUGAGCCUGCACCCACCUAUGAGACUGGACAGAGGAAGCGCCUCAUCUCCUCGGUGGACGACUUCACAGAGUUUGUGUGA